UUAAUGAAAUUCUAAGCUUCAUUUACAAAAUGUAUAUAUGAUGAUCCUCAAAUUCUAUUCAAUAGAUCAAAGUACUAUUCUAUUGCGUCAAUGAAAUUUCAUAUUAUUUGAUUUCGUAGCGCUAUAGAUUUCGUAGCGCUAUAGAUUUCCGAGCUCUGGAAUCAGCUGAUCAGUACAACACGAACCGAUGCUGCAUUGAACACGUUUUUUAACAAUUUAUAUGUUCAAAAAUUUUUUCAAAUACUAAGAUAACAUAUAAUGAGAUAUUAAUAUGUGAUAUCAUAUCAUUAUAGUUAUAUAACGACGUUAUAUUAGUAUAUUAAUUUCAAUUCAUACUUUAAAUGAAUAAUUAGUUAUUAAUUCAAAAUAAUGUUUAAAGAAACAAAAAUAAUAAUUAUUGGAGCUGGAGCUGCAGGUAUUGCCGCAGCGGCUAGAUUAAUGAAAAAAGGAUUGGAAAACAUCAUAAUCCUUGAAGGAAAAGAUCGAAUUGGUGGCAGAAUAAAUACAGUCGAAUUUUCGGAUAAUGUUGUGGAAUUAGGAGCACAGUGGGUUCAUGGUGAAGAGGGGAAUAUUGUUUAUAAACUUGCUUCCCCUCAUAAGUUAUUAGAUUCCUCAAAAUGUUUUAAUGAGUACGAUAAACAUGUAUUUAUUACUGCAAAAGGGGAAAUCUUCUCAAAGAAAGAAUCUGCAGAAACCUUUAAAAUAUAUUAUGAUAUUUCUGAAAAUAUAUCAGAUGAUAUAUAUAAUUCAGAAUCAUAUGGGGAAUAUUUUAUGAAUAAAUUUUAUAAAAUAUUUGAUGAAAAUCCUUUUACUAGUCGCGAUAAAGCCGAACAGUUACUAGAUUGGAUGCAUAAAUUUGAUAAUUCCAUUCAGUGUAGUGAUUCAUGGUUUGAUGUUUCUGCAAAAAAAAUUAAUAAUUAUUGGACUUGUGAUGGAGAUCUUGUACUUAAUUGGAAGGAUCGUGGCUACAAAACAUUAUUUGAUUUACUAUUUCAAAAAAUACCAAACACAGAAAGUAAUCUGCCAAUAAUGGAAAAAAUAGAAUUUAAUAAAAAUAUUGAAAAUAUUGAUUAUACUUCGAAUAAUAAUAUAAUUGUAAAAACCAAAGAUGAUUCAAAAUAUAUAGCAUCUCAUGUUAUAUUUACUCCAUCUCUUGGUGUUCUGAAAGAGAAACAUGCCACAAUGUUUACUCCACUUUUGCCUGAAAAGAAACAACACGCAAUAAAGGGUUUAAAUAUUGGAACUGUAAAUAAAAUAUUCUUGGAAUUCCCACAUAGAUGGUGGCCAGAAGAAUGUGCAGGUUUUAGUUUAAUAUGGUCCAAGGAAGAUAAGGAAGAAUUUAUUAAAUCUUAUGGACAAGAAUAUGAAUGGCUGUGUGAUGUGUUUGCAUUUAUUUCUGUGGAUUACCAACCAAGAGUAUUAUGUACAUGGAUCUUUGGUAAAUUUGCAAGACACAUAGAACUACUUACUGAUAAUGACAUAUCUGAUGGACUAUAUUUAUUACUAGAAAUGUUUUUGAGUAAAACAUAUAAUAUUUCGAAAUUUGAUCAAAUGAUUAGAUCGUCGUGGUAUACUGAUGAAUUUUUCCGUGGAUCGUAUUCUUUUAAGAGCAUAACAACUGAAAAACUAAAUGCAGAAACUAAAGAUUUAUCUGAACCUAUUGUAACAGCUGAUGGAAAACCUAUAAUUCUUUUUGCCGGAGAAGCCACACACGAACACUAUUAUUCUACUGUGCAUGGCGCAGUUGAAACGGGUUUCAGAGAAGCUGAUAGAAUAAUAGAUUUUUAUAGAACACGUGGUUGGAGAAAUGGAUUCGAUAAAUUGGAAAGGCCGUUGAGUGCGUCAAACCAAAAAAUAUCAAGAACGAAACUUGUAAUAAUAGGUGCAGGCAUUGCAGGAUUGGCAGCUGCGAAAACACUAGAGGAUGCAAAUUUCAAAGAUUAUUUAUUAAUCGAAGCGCAAAGCGAAAUCGGUGGUCGAAUCCAAUCUGCCCCAUGGAAUAAAGCUUGGAUAGAAUACGGGGCACAGUUUGUGCACGGUGAUCAAAGUCAGUUAGCCCAAUUAUGUUAUAAACAUGAUUUACUCUCAGACGUACAAUGUCGAGAUGGUCAAGGAAUUUUCAUUCGCAACAAUGGUUGUAAAGUAGAUGUAGCUUUAGUCGAAGAGAUAGAUGAUCUCAUUUGUAAUACAUUAGAAGAUUGCGAGGAUUAUAAGGAUAAAAAUAUUGAAAUAGGUUGUGAAAAUAUCGAUGCGGUUUUAAGAAAUUCUCUCAACAAACAUUUGCAUAAAAAGAAUGAUCCGCUAGUAAUAAGAACCAUAAAGAAGGAAAUUUUCGAUUGGAAUAUUAGAUUUCUUGCAAUAGAUAAUGCUUGUUUCAGUCUUGACGAAUUAUCUACGAAAUACUGGGGAAAAUUUAAGUUUGUUGGGGGUCCAGAACAUCUUUCAUUUAAAUCUUGAUAUAAGGAUUUACCCAAACUUAUCGCCGAUAGUUUGGGUAAAGGAAAUUUACGUCUAAAUACCUCUGUAGAAUCAAUCGAGUGGCAACAAAAUGAUUUCAAUUCUCCGCUUAUUUUAAAUGUCUCCAAAAAUACUCGUAUUCUUGCGGAUUGUGUAAUAGUUACAUGUUCCCUUGGUUAUCUAAAAGAGAAUUAUAAGACUAUGUUUAUUCCAUCCUUACCGAAUCUCUUCAGCCAGGCAAUCGAAUGUUUAGGUUUCGGGUUAAUAAAUAAAGUUUUCCUCGAUUUUGGGAUUUCAUGGUGGAAACCUAAUACAAAAGGAUUUCAACUACUUUGGAAAGAAGGUGUACGUUGCAAUAAAAAUCUGGCUGUAUGGACUAGAGAUCUGACAGGUUUUGAUGUUUUACCUAAUCACGAAGGUGUACUCCUCGGUUGGGUUGGUGGUCGUGGAGCUUAUAUUGUUGAAACUUUGAGCGAAGAACAAAUUGCAAUAGACUGUGAAAAUUUACUUAAACAUUAUUUAAAAUGUUAUAAAAUAUCUCCAAUAAAGAGAUGCUUGAGAACACAGUGGAACGCGAAUAAGUAUAUUCGAGGUAGUUAUAGUUACAUUACAACGAAAUGUGACGCAAAUGGCAUUACGCCACGCAAUCUGUCAGAACCGAUAUGGGGUAAACUAACAGAACAUAAUAAUAAGGACGUGCCUAUCAUCAUGUUUGCUGGUGAAGCAACACACGAAAAUUUUUAUUCUACGACACAUGGUGCUUAUGAUACAGGAAUAAAACAAGCACAAAUUUUUUUACAGUAUCACGUUGCUGAAAGUUAACUAUACGUGACUUUGAAUCUCUAGAGAAAUAUAAAUGAAAGUAAUUUGAAAUAUGUAAAACAUACUUACGCACAUUUUUUGUACAUAUGUAUAUGAAAAUACAUAUGCAUGCAUUUUAAACUCGAAGUAAAUCGAACAUUUUUAUAUUUUAUAUUAUAUAAUUGUAUAUAUAAUUUUGACUAUUGUCAUUUUUAAAAUUAUAAUGAAGUUAUAUAUCUGUAGUUCUAAUCUAAAUAAAAUUUAUUAUUUUGUCA